UGUUCUGGGAGUUAUAGUCCAAAAAGGAACUCUUCUUGGCUUCUUUGGGCCCUAAGAGCCUUUCCUGUUUUUGGUAUCACAACUACCGCUAUAGAAACUUAAAGUAACUGCGCUAAUCCUAAAUCAAAUUUUUUUUCUCGUUCAAUCCCGUGUGAAAAACGUCCAGCCUUCAACCCGCUUAUACUUCUGGACCCCAGGAUGUGUCUCCUUUCUCUCCCUCUGGGCCCCUGUGGUCACAGAAACAUGUAUUCAGCUGGCAGAGGGAAGAGGGAAAAAUCAGAAAAUUUCCCCCCGAUUUAACUCGCCAUAAGCGCUGAGUUAAAUACUAAGAACAAAAUUAAGCCAAAAUGCAAAGUGGAAGAGAAUGGAAAAUCCAGUGUGAUGUGAAAACUGAUCUGAAUUUGCUACUUGAAUGUCUGAAAUACCAAAUGGACAAUCCUGCUUCUCAGAAAGAAUCCUUGGUUACUAUUUAUUCCGUUUGUCAACAAAACAGUGAUGCAAGUGAUUAUUUUCGAGAAAUAGGUGGUUUGCUCUUUGUUCAUAACCUUGCAAAGUCAAGUCUGCACAGUAUGGUGAAGGAAGCUGCUUUAUUUACAUUGGGAGGUUUAGCUGAGAAUAAUGUGUUCUGCCAACAGAUGUUAUGUACUUCUGGACUAUUUGAAGACCUUUAUAUAUUCUUAACUGAUCAGAAUUCCAGUGUGAAUUUGAAAAGAUUGUCUGUAUAUGUACUACUAGUGCUGGUUUCAAAUAACAAGAGUGGGCAAACAAGUGUCAGAAAAUCUGGUUGCCUAGAUGUUCUCCUACAAUUAUUCAGAACAAUUCUUUCAGUAUCUGAAGUGAAUCUUUUGGAUCAAAAUAUUAACCAUUAUCAUCUGUGGUCUUCAGUUUGCAGUACUCUCUGUGCGUGUGUCAAUAAUCCCCAGAAUGAGGACAAUCAGAAAAUUUGCACUUUGGUUUUUCCACAUGCAAAAGACUGGCUACAAAAUUGUGUGAAGUCUCAGAUAAUUCGUCCAAUAUGCUCAUUCAUUAUGCUCACAGUUGCAAAUAAUUCAAGGAUUCAGCAAUUUUUUGUUUCUCUUGGUGGACUGGCUGUUUUGGACAAUCUUCUUGACAAACUAAUACCCAAAUCAUUUGAAAACUGUUCAAAUACAAAACUUGCAGUCAUCGUGACAAAAACCUUGGAUGCUUGCAUCGCUGAUAACCCUGUAGUUGGAGUUUCCUUGCCAAAGUAUAAUAUUGUGCCAAAAUUAUUGACACUUCUUUCUCACAACUUUCUGGAUUCAGGAGAUCGAUUUAGUCUUAUUCUUACUCUUGGACAUUGUACAGAUAACUGUGAGGACAAUCAGUACACUCUGGUGAAGAACAAUGGUCUCCCAGUUAUGAUUCAAGCACUAACUGAAUCACAGGAUGAAGAACUCUGCAAAGCUGCUAUCUUUGUGUUGCAAAACUGCAAACCAACCAUGGAGAAAUUGUCGUUGAAAUUAGCUGAACAUUCAAUAAUAGAGGAUGAUGUAGGGAAUCUGGAAGUAAGUUUGCAAAACAAAGAGAGGAAUCUUGAAGACUACAGGAACGAAGCAAAAGAAAUAUGGUAUAAAAUUAAAAGUCUUGAAAAUGAACAUCAAAAGGAGAAGAUGAGAAGAAAAGCAUUUAAUAAUGAUAAUGCUCAAGAAGCAAUUCUGCAGAAUACAUCAGUGCAUUUAAAAGCAAAUGCAAGCAAGCAACUCUCUGACAAUGGGGUGGCUUGUACAAAAACUGAAGCAAAUUCCUCAUCUCCUCAGCUGAUUAUUACAGAAUGUAUAAAAGGCUCUUCCAAGAAUGAACUACUAAAGCCUGCCAACAGAAAUCCAAUGGAUGCAUCAGUCAGUCAAAACGAACACAAUAACUGUUUUCAUUCUAAAAGCAGUAUAGCAAAAAGAAAUGAAGUCCAUUUUACAAAUAAAAGUGUUAUUUGUGAAUCUAGUAAAUCUGAGGUUCAGGCAAGGACAAUAGCUCCAGCCCAGUUGCAGGAAGUAUUGAAAGAUAAAAUGUACAUGGUCAACACUUCACGUAUCUGCAAGAAGAAACACCAUUGUAGCACAUGCGAACCUGCUAAGCAAUCUGAUGUUACAAAUAAAAACAUGACUGAACAGGUACAAAAUACAGAGCUGUUGUGUUCAAACAUAGUACCAACAAGUCAUUGGAUUUUUACUUCCAAGGAUCCUAAAAUCCCAGAACGAAGGUGCUCAGGCUGUGAAGCAGUAGGGCUUUCCUUGAAUAGCCAAAAUUUUAUUAAGAUUUUGCAAUCUUGCCAGUAUCUAUGUGAACAACACAAAAUCAUUUUAGAGAUUGAAAGGAAAUAUAAAAUGCAACUAAAAAGAGCUCUUUCAUCCAACACUUCUCUAGAUUAUAAAGACGAUCUCCAAACCAAACAGAAUAUGUACUCAGAAAAACAAUCUAGCGAGCAGAAACAGAGCUUCAAAGACCAAGAUGUGAAUGAAAAACAUACUUACUCAUUUGAAGAUGAGAAUAGUGAAAGUUGUGUGUCAGAAGUACCUGCAAUAGUUUUUAAAAAACAACAACGAAGAACUAGGAAAGAUUUUACAGCAGAAGAAAUAAAUUAUCUUUUGGAUGGCAUAAAGAAAAUGGGACAUCAUUGGAAUUCCAUUUUAUGGGCCUAUCCAUUUCAGAAGGGGCGGACAAACGUUGAUUUAGCUAAAAAAUACUUCAAAUUAAAGAAGAAUGAAAACAAAAUUAUUUGACAUGAAAAGAACAGGUUUAUCAUAAACAGGACCAA